AUGAGGGCGACAUUAAUAUAUUUAGCGCCUUUUUUGCAACCGUGUAAGAAUGUUGUUACAAACACAACAGCAACAACAACGACACGAGCCCAGUCAAAAACAUCUCAAAGUAAGGGUAAUGAACAAGAUAUAGCAGCAACAACAACGACAUCAACAACAACAGCAGCAGCGACAGUAGUAUUACAGCAACAGACACAUGUGGCCCGUAAUCGUCUGAAUAGCAGUCGUAAUAAUCAUAAUAAUGCUAUAAAUUCGAAUAGCACUAACAUUAACAACAACAAAAGCAACAACAGCAGUAGUAGUAGCAGACCUUGUUGCAGUAAUACUCCCAAACUGACUACACCAGCCAAGAGUUGUAGCCAACAGGAGGAGUGUGUUUGUAUAAUGACUAGCAUGAGUAGCAGUUGUACUAAUACUACAAGUAGUAGCAGCUGUUGUCAUAAUACUAUACAACAACAACAGGAACAAGAAUUACAAGUAAGAUCAGAAUACCAGGAAGAAAAGCAGGUUAAGGAGCACAAUUUACAACAAAAGGAUAAAUAUUAUAAAAAUUAUGAAAUGCCUGCAUUAGAGACCACAACAACGAUAAAACCAACAACAACAAAACUGCAAUACGCCUCUAAUAAUAAAACAAGACAACAGCAGCAACAGAAAGAACACCUUAAAGAAGUUAGACCCUCGUCAUCAGCAACAACUUCUUCAACAUCAUUAUCAUCAUCAUCAUCUCUAUCAACCUCAUUUGUAAACUAUGCGAACAAUCGUAGUACAAAACAUUUACGAGAACGUGGUCGUAGAAAUCUACUACAAUUACAACAACAGGAGCCGUCUCUAAAACAAAAAACACAUGAAACAAAAACACAAUCAUGUUCUACAACAUCACCAUCUUCUUCAUUAUCAUCAUCUUUAAUAUUAACAAAUCCUUCGUAUACAACGAUAUUAAAUAAGGAAUGUAGGUGCUUUAAACAAUAUAAUCGUGAUACUAUUGGCAGCGAAUGUAAUUUAGAACAAAAGAAUUUGGAUAUAAUUGGUGUGGGAGCAGCAACAUCGUCAUCAUCAUCUAUAACACUUAGUGAUAUUGUUGAUUGUAAGAUCAUUGCUGAUGAUGGCGUUACCUUAAGUUCAUCCUCAUUAUUUGGCAAUUUAUGCCAAUUGCUCUACGGCUGUUCCAAUAACUUGAAUAAAACGGUUGCGGUUUCAAAGUGGUUGUUUAUGUGGCUGUUAUUUAUAAUGCUGUCAACAUCAGCUCAUUGUUGGGCGGGACGUAAUGAUGUCGUUCGUCAUCAUCAUCAUCCUCGUAGUCGUUGUCGUCGUCGUAUUUGUCGUUUUACACAACAACCCUUUUUAUUCAUUAAUAAAAGAUUUCAAUUAAAUGAUAUUGAACGAAAGGAACAAAAUAACAGCAACAACUGUAAACGUUAG